CAAGUGACAGUCCGGAUAAUGAAAAGACACUGGAAAAUAGUGUGGAUUUGCAAACCUCUCUUCUUGUUCCUGUGGAACAUUUUGGUGAUUUUGAUGCUUUUGACACUGGUGAAUCAGUUUUCUCUGGCUUAAGCAGUAACACCGUUUUGCGGUCUCAUCCGAACCUGGAAGCACAGGAUGUCCUACUAAAUGAAACUUCAGAUUCGAAUCCCACUCUACCUAUUCCAAACAGGCCUUCUGAUGACUCAAGUUCCUCAUGCCUCCACCAAGAAACCAUGAAUGACGAAUUAUCAAGUGAUGAUGUGCUAUCCAGACAUGCCACUGCUAUUGUGAUGACUGCUAGAGAGAAACAUCAUCUCUCACAGAGUGGUGUGAAUGAUGUUGUGGCUGAGGUUCAGGCGUAUCAAGCUCAGUUACUGAACAGCUUGAGGAGUCAGCUACAAACAGUAUUCAACAGACAUGCAGGAAGUGAACUUCAGCGAGAAGCUUUGGGACUCUUUGACUCCUUUAAAGAUCCAUUUGCUGCAGUUUCAACAUCAUAUAGACAGGACAGUGUCAUAAAAGAAAAAUUCAAUUUUGUGGAAGCAGAAGAGGUUUCAGUCGGAUUAGCAGUAUGUCGUCAGAAAAGAAAAAAACAAAGAGACCUCGCAAUAAAAAACAAAUGUUUCCAUUAUAUACCCCUGAUAAAGAGUUUAGAACAAUUAAUGUCUCAUCCAAAAAUCUUUGCCAUGAUAAAUGGUGGAUCUCAGAAAUGCAGCAGUGGAUAUUUUUAUGACAUCAUAGAUGGUGAACUAAUGCUUUCACACCCUUUAUUUUCUUCUAGACCCUCUGCUUUACAGAUAAUUCUUUAUUUAGAUGAAAUCGAAAUUUGCAAUCCACUUGGGUCUCAAGCUUCAAAGAAUAAGUUGCUCAUGUUUUACUACACUUUGGGAAACAUUAAUCCAAAGUACAGGUCAAAAUUAGCUUCAAUCCGCCUUCUUGCUAUUGCAAAGCAAAGUGAACUCUCAGAAUGUGGAGUUGAUGCCAUAUUGCAAGAUUGCAUGAGGACUUUG